AUGCCCCACGCCGUCUCUAUGCCUGCCACGGGCCUUCAGGCCCUCAUCCUUUGCGGCCCGGGGUCCUCAUUUCCGACCUUUACAUCAAAUCCGGAUGAGAACCCCAAAGCCUUAUUACCCAUUGCUAAUAGGCCUAUGGUCUGGUACCCCAUUGAUUUCUGCUACCGCACGGGAAUCACAAACAUUACUCUUGUUUGCCCCCCUUCUGCCGCCGACGCUAUUACCACGGCGCUAAACACAAAUCCCUUCCUCACAGGUUUACCUCACCCGCGCCCGGACCUUGUAGCACCCAGUGGGCUUGACCAGAACACAGGCACUGCAGAGAUACUGCGACUCCCUGAGAUUCGAGAGCUUAUUACCUCUGACUUCGUCGUCUUGCCAUGUGAUUUGGUAUGUGAGCUAGGCGGCGAUAAGCUUUUGCAAGCAUGGAUGGUCAAAGCAGCAAGUCUUCCGGAUCUCCUUAGUGACGGCGAGCCACCGUACUGCAAUGGCGGCUUAGGCGUAUGGUACGAAACGAAGACGGCCAACCCUAUCAAAGGCGAAGAAACAGAUUUCAUCGUAACAGCACCGAUAACCGCACCCAUGGUACCUACAUCCAAUGAUUCGUUACUGCCGCAUCUCUCGUACUUGACCUAUGCUAUGCCCAAGGAUUCUCUGAACGAUCUUGUGGAUCAGAAGAAGAGCUUUCCGAUACGCCAUGGAUUACUACGCAGUCAUCCCAAAAUCAGAAUGCUAACCACGCAUCGGGACGCGCAUAUUUAUAUUCUACCCAAGUGGAUUUUAGACUUCAUUGAAGAAAACGAGCGGCUAGAGACACUUGGCGAAGACGUCAUCGGCUGGUGGGCAAAAGCAAAUUGGGAGACAGGGCUAUUCGGGAAGCUAGGGAUGAAAAAAGUCAUCGAGGGCCACACCGAGGAGCCGGACAUAGAUAGGUCGCCACGUGGUAAUGAAUCCGCGGCAGACGCCAGCCUGGUCGAUUCCCCGUGGAGAGCACGCGAAUUCCAUGAGACGUCUCCUCAUACAGACUUCCGGAACAAACAGCAUGACGGACUACUAGCCAAGCCGAAGAAACCUGUCGUUCCCCCAAUUCUAGCGUAUAUACACCCUGCUCAUGCCGAUGCCCCACUACUCCGUCGGGUAGAUACAGCACAGCUUCUCCUUGCCGUAUCGCUGCAGCUGGCAAAACUUCCUCCCGUCGAGGAAACCGGCCCCGAGGCGGCGUCGGCAUUUGCCCAUUCUAGAAAGGUAGCAUACCCUGAGGGUGUCAAGCCGCAGACGACCAUAACCAGGCAGGAUUGCUUGAUUGCCGAAAAUGUAAUGGUGGAAGAGAAGACGUCAAUUAAAGAGAGCGUCAUUGGAGCGAACUGUCAGAUUAAGGAAGGUGCCAAGCUGUUCCAAUGUCUGCUUAUGGAUGGUGUGGUGGUGGGUAAAGGCUGCAAACUGACUCGCUGCAUCCUAGGCAAGAGGAGCGAAGUUGGGGAGGGUUCAACACUCACGGAUUGUGAGGUGCAAGAGAACUUGUUGGUAGAACCUAGAACUGAGGAUAAGGACAGCAAACUCAUGAGCUCCUCGGGGAUGGAGGCGAGCGAGCAGGAGAUGCAGGAGGCAUUAGACGAUAUUGAUGAAAGUGACAGGGAUAGUGCCGUGUUAUGAUAGGCAAAUUAAGGAAUAACCGCGAUCCAGGCUACCGGUAGCCAAUGCGAUGGGCAAUGAAGUGUGCAGGAAUAUCCCGGAUACAUAAGCUCCAGCUUACCAUCACCCCAUCUAGCCAAUUACAGUCAGUUGGUAUGUGCCAUAAGGAAAUCCAUCACAACUAUUUCCCUAAUAAAGGUUGUGACAAGGCAUUAGAUGUGCCCGCUAGCCUUAAUAUGUUAGUGUGGUAAGAAAAUGAAUGAAGCUUUCCUUAAAAAAAAAAAAGACAUUGCAGGUUUGUCAUAACUUCGGGCCUUGUUGGAGUUGUUUUUGUCUGGAUCCCCAUGGAUGGUGGCAAGGCUUCAACCCGGCAUUCACAUGCUGGGUCGAAAUUUGAGUUGUCAUAUUCGGGUUUGCCUACAUCGUCCUUUCUCGACCCCAAACCGAGCGAUUAUGCGAUGGUACCCUAGCGAGAACAUCCAAACCUUUCUCAGCUUCAAUAAAAAUAAGUGAUUCUCAGAUCUCACUUAGAGAAAUUAGCAUAAGAGCUACCAGAGUAUAUCCGAGGCUGCCGUCAAAACUAGGUACCCUUAUUUGUUGGGACUAAUUAACUUGAGGCUUACACGAGGGGGUCAUUCCGCCUACGAUGCCGCACCGUUGUCAGC